GCGGCGGGGGAGGAGGAGGAGCAGAGCUACGAGUACGGCUCCACGAGGUACCUGCUGCUGUGCGGCCUGGGCGGCAUGCUGAGCUGCGGGCUGACGCACACGGCCAUCGUGCCCCUGGACCUGGUCAAGUGCCGCAUGCAGGCGGACCCCGGCAAGUACAAGGGCAUCCUCAGUGGCUUCAGUGCGACGGUGCGCGAGGACGGGCUGCACGGCCUGGCCCGAGGCUGGGCCCCGACCUUCCUGGGGUACUCCCUGCAGGGCCUGUUCAAGUUCGGGCUCUACGAGGUCUUCAAGAUCCGCUACAGCGAGCUGCUGGGCCCGGAGGGGGCGUACGAGUGGAGAACCAGCCUGUACCUGGCCGCGUCGGCCAGCGCCGAGUUCUUUGCCGAUGUGGCGCUGGCCCCCAUGGAGGCGGUGAAGGUGCGCAUGCAGACGCAGCCCGGCUUCGCCCGCACGCUGCGCGCCGCCGCCCCGCGGAUGUUCGCCGAGGAGGGCCUGUGGGCCUUCUACAAGGGCGUGGCGCCGCUGUGGCUGCGGCAGAUCCCCUACACCAUGAUGAAGUUCGCCUGCUUCGAGCGCACGGUGGAGGCCCUCUACAAGUAUGUGGUCCCCAAGCCCCAGCGCCAGUGCACCAAGGCCGAGCAGCUAGCGGUCACCUUCGUGGCCGGCUACAUCGCCGGCAUCUUCUGCGCGGUCGUGUCCCACCCGGCCGACUCCGUCGUGUCCGUUUUGAACAAGGAGAAGGGCAGCACGGCCUUCGAGGUGCUGCGCAGACUGGGCUUUACGGGUGUCUGGAAGGGCCUGUUCGCCCGCAUCAUCAUGAUCGGCACCCUGACGGCGCUGCAGUGGUUCAUCUAUGACUUGGUCAAGGUCUAUUUCAAGCUGCCUCGCCCUCCGGCCGCCCAAGCGCCCCCAACCCAGAAGCAGCAGGAGUAG